AUGGUGGGUGGAAGGAACGUUCCUGUACUUGGUCGUAACUUUGACCUGUCACCGGCAGUGUCAAGGUUUUCAGCAGCGCGAAUGUAUCUUAGACGUGGAGCAAAGAAGCCACUCGUUAAGAAGUCUGCUGAGCCGCUCAUGCUUCCUCUUCAACGAACUGGACCAAAGUUUAAGCUUGGACACCCCAAGAAGGUUCCACUCAGAAAAUCUCUCGUUCCGGGAACUGUGCUCAUUGUUCUUGCUGGACGUCACAAGGGAAAGCGCGUUGUUUUCUUGAAGCAGUUGGAGAAGUCUGGCUUGCUGCUCGUUACCGGUCCUCACAAAGUGAAUAACUUCCCACUGCGAAGAAUCGCUCAAGCCUUUGUCAUCGCCACCAAGACGAGGCUCGAUGUAUCUGGUGUGAAGAUUCCGGACCACAUCAACGACGAUUACUUCAGGCGAAAGAAGUUGUCUGGCAAGAAGGGAGAGAAUAUUUUCGCUGCUGGAAAGGUUGAAUAUCAGGUCACCGAGCAGAGGAAAACUGACCAGAAAGCCAUUGACAAACCUAUCCUGGCCGCUAUCAAGAAAAACCCUGAACAUAAAGCCCUCUUCGGUUAUUUAGGAUCGCGGUUCAUGCUGGGUAAGAGGCAGUAUCCUCACAACAUGGUGUUCUGA